GUACGUCUUUUUCAUCUGUGCAAAUAAGAAAGAAAAGUCAAAAAACUGUGUGUUGGCUCAAUUUAGGCAAAUAUUCAUAAUUAUCACGUAAUUAUACAUUAUAAUGAGACCUACAUCAAACAAAGAGUCAUGAAAUUAGUUGAAAUAUAUAAAUAAAUCUAGGCAAUAUAGUUAAACCGUGAAGUUUCUUUGUCAAAUGUCAUUAUUGGAUCGCCAUGAGAUUUAGCUUGAAAUAGUUUAAAAUUUUGUAUGGAUAUUUUGGAAAUGGAGGUGAGGGAGGCGGGAGAUGGGGCUGCGGCUGGAGAGUUCGAACAGGUGCCUUCGAAACGAUACAGCUGGGCAGAAGUCCGUCAGGCCGUCCAUGAUCUGAGAAAAGAGUUAUCUUCAUUGUCAACCAUGGUACCUAUGGCAAUAUCCUUUCGGAAAUUAAGCAAUGGUAAAACAAGAGUGUAUUUUUUGCGAACCCCUCUCAACGGCUGGGAAAUUACACUACUCUAUACUGAUAUCACCCAUUCUUCACAACCUAAUAACACCAGGUUAGAUUGGAAGCCACUGAUCGAGUCUAACAUAGCUCUUGGCGUUAGUUCUGGCAAAUGGUCACGGGAAGAACAAUUAUUGUGGGAGAGACAGCGUGUCGCAGCUUGGGGUAUUGCAUCGUAUGAGUUACAUCAGCCAUCCGGUCGCGUCCUCUUUCCGUGUGCAUCUUCACUGUUUGUAGCUGAAGAAGGAACUAAUCAGUCACCACCACUAGUCCCCCGCUCUCUGAGCACCGGCGGGGGCGCAGCCCUCACUCCUGCGAUGUGUCCCCGCGCGCCCUCGCUGGUGGCGCACGCCGCGCGCGGCGACAUCUGGCUGGCGGGGGGAGGCCUACAGCGGCCGACGCGACUUACUUACGCUUGUAAAGGACAUGAACCUGAUAGAUGUUUAGCCGAUGACCCGAAGCAAGCUGGUGUCCCGUGUUACGUCACUCAGGAGGAGUUCUCCCGCUACACCGGCUUCUGGUGGCAGCCCAAAUGUGAUGAUGAUGUGUUCAGGAUAGUUUAUGAAGAAGUUGAUGAGAGUGAGGUGAAGAUAUUCAGUUUCCCUUCAUCACAAAGUGUCAGCGGUGAAGUCGAAGAGUUCAGAUUCCCUCGAGCUGGUACUCCGAACGCCAAGUCUACUCUCAAACUGGUGACCUUCAGGCUGCAGAAGACGACUCCUACCACCGUCCUAGAUUACUACCAAGAGGGCGCUGCUGAGGCACACUCAUCAGCAGAAGUUAGUGAUUGUAUGGAGGCAACUGAUAUCCGAUGGUACGAGAUGCGACAGCCGCUAAAGGAGGUCUUCCCCUGGUUUGAAUACCUCGCCAGGGUCGGCUGGACGCCGUGCGGGAACUUCGUGUGGGUCCAACUUUUGGACAGAGAGCAGCAGCGGUUGGAGCUGGUGCUGAUACCUUUGAGUGAGUUCAGCUCGCCCACAGGAUAUGAAGGUGCGGAUGUGACGCCCACAACUGCAUAUAGCGAUGAGUGUAGAAGAGAGCAACAAAUCCAAGUUUUAAUAUCGGAGACAGCACCUGAUGCGUGGAUUAACGUCCAUGAUAUCCUCUACUUCUUACCUCGAGUCGCAGUCGAUGAGGUCAGCUUCAUCUGGGCAUCCGAAGAGACGGGAUACCUUCAUCUCUACCUGGUCACCUGCAAACUGCAACUAAACAACACUCAAAGGACACGGUCGGUGAUAGAAAUGAUAACGGAUGAUGAGUCCAACGCUGUGGGUCCUAACAUCAUCAGCAAAGAGGCCAUCACCAGCGGAGAGUGGGAGGUGAUGGACAGAAAAAUAUGGGUAGAUGAAGGCCGGCAAUUAGUAUACUUCGUGGGGCUGAAAGAGACGCCCUUAGAGCGACAUCUGUACGUGGCCCCGCUGCGCCCCGCGGCCCCGCUCACCCUGCUCACCGCCCCCGGACACUCGCACACCGUGGAUAUUGAUGACGAUUGUACAACAGCUGUUAUAACGACGUCGAAUAUCAGCAGCGUGCCGAGCACGCGCGUGUACCGCGUACUGCACGCGGAGCGCACGCAGCUGCUGGUGCAGGGCACGCUCAUGGAGAGGGCAGGCUGCGAGUCAUCAUCAGACAGCCGCAACUUCAACGGCACUUGGGACAGUCGAGGUGAUGGUGAUGAAGACGGUGAUAGUACAUUAUUAAUUAGAGAGCGCAGUCUGAGUGCGAUAAACGUGCCGCCGCCGGAGAUACUGGAGACGCGGCUGUCGUGCGGCGCGCCGGCGUACUGCACGCUGUGGCGCUGCGCACGCGCCGGCCGCAGCCCCACCGUACUGCACGUGUAUGGCGGCCCUGAAGUACAGACCGUCACUAACAGCUAUAAGGGUAUCCGUCAACUACGUAUGCAUAUGUUAGCGGCUCGUGGCUUCAACGUGGUGUCAGUUGACUCGCGCGGCUCCAAGCACCGCGGCCGCGCCUGGGAGGCGGCCAUACGCGGCAAGAUGGGACAAGUCGAGUUAGACGACCAGGUCGAGGUGCUCCAGUGGCUGGCGAAGGAGACCGGCUGUAUAGACAUGGAAAGGGUCGCCAUACACGGAUGGAGUUACGGUGGCUACCUCUCGCUGUUGGGUCUAGCGACUCGUCCCAACAUCUUCAAGGUGUGCGUGGCCGGAGCCCCCGUCACCAGCUGGCGGCUGUACGACACCGCGUACACGGAGCGCUACAUGGGGCUGCCGGCGCGCGCGCCGCACGCCUACAGCCGCGCCAGCGUGCUCGCACACGCGCCCUUCUUCCCUGAGCGCGAAGGCAGACUGCUGAUCAUCCACGGGCUUGCGGAUGAGAAUGUACACUUCUGUCAUACCGCGGCAUUGCUCGCUGAGCUCGUGCGACUCGGCAAGCCUCAUCGUGUGCAAGUGUACCCAGGGGAGAGACAUUCCCUGCGCUCUAUGCACGCUGCGAAACACUACGAGGCGACAUUACUGCACUUCCUGCACGAGAAUCUGUGAAACCUGCAAUAUACUGCCCAUGAGUAAAUUAAUUUGUUAAUGCU